AUGAGGGCCCCUGUGCAGUUCCUCAGCUUCCUGCUGCUCUGGCUCCCGGGUUCCAGGUGUGAUAUUCAGAUGACCCAGCCUUCAUCCGUGUCUGCAUCUCUGGGAGAGAAAGUCACCAUCACCUGCAAGGCCAGUGAAAACAUUAAAAGUUACUUAUCCUGGUAUCAGCAAAAACCAGGCAAAGCUCCCAGGCUCCUCAUCUAUUAUGCAACCAAUUUAGAACCAGAUGUUCCUUCCCGGUUCAGUGGCAGUGGAUCUGGGACAGAUUUCACUCUCACCAUCAGCAACUUGAAGCCUGAGGAUGCUGCCACUUACUACUGUCAACAAGGUUAUACUCCUCCCAUGACUUUCGGCCAGGGGACCAAGCUGGACAUCAAAAGGGAUGACGCUAAGCCAUCUGUGUUCAUAUUCCAACCAUCUGAGGAGCAGUUACUCACUAACACCGCCUCUAUCGUGUGCAUGCUGAAUAACUUCUACCCCAGAGACUACAAAGUCACUUGGAGAGUGGAUAAUUCCAUCAGAAAUUCUGGCAUCCAGGAGAGUGUUACAGAGCAGGACAGCAAGGACAACACCUACAGCCUCAGCAGCGUCCUGACGAUGCCCACCUCAGAGUACAAGACACAUAAUGUUUACACCUGCGAGGUCACCCAUAAUACCCUGUCCUCCCCUAUUACCAAGAGCUUCAAUAGGGGAGAAUGUUAGAGCAAGAGGCCUACCAGGCACCAUCUCACCCUUCAUCUCAUCCCAGCCUCCCUUCUUCUAGCCUCGGGCCUUUUUCUCAUAAGAGUUACCCUUAUUUCGUUCCUCCAGCCCCUCUCCCCAACUCAUCACCCACCUCCUGUUUGGCUAUAAUUAUGCUAAUGUUGGGCGGGGAUGAAUAAAUAAAAUGUAUCUUUGCACCUAUAA